AUGCGCAUGGUCGAUUACCCCGCCGCCCUCCGGCCCGACCGCGUCACCGUGAUCGCAUACGGAGCGCUGCUCUCCGAGCCCUCAUCGCGGCUCACCUUCCCUUCCCUCACCAACUUUCGCCUCGUGAGAGUGCGCAACGUGCGCCGUCUGAUCGCCGCGCUCUGCGUGGAGCCGGCGGAGGGGUGCUCCUUUGUCGCGGCCGCGUUUGACGUGGUGCUCGACGAUGCGCAGCGCGAGGCCUUCUGCGCCAGAGAGACGGGCUACGCGAUCGUCGAGGCGCCCUUUCACGGCCUGGAUGCUGGCGAGGAGUCACGUUACCACCACUUCAGCCUCUCUAUCGCACUUGGACAGCACAAGAGCCUGCCCCACGUGUGGGGGUGGGCGCGCGAUUCGGGCCUGCUGCCGGCCGACGUCUAUCUGCGCCACUGCGAGCGCGCCGUGGACGAGAGAGCACGGCCUGCCCACACCGGCACGCGGCCAAGCGACGGAGCGGUGCGUCCCGAUAGGCGCACCACGCUGAGCGAGUACCUCGCCGGCGGCGCACGCGAGCGCGUGAUGGCCGUGCGCCCGCCAGAGUCGAUGGCGGAGAGGUUCGGAGGUUAG